AAAACAAAGUUUCCUAUUUAAUAUUAUUACAUUCGUUUAACAUUACAUUAGAGUACAACUAUGUAAAUUGGAAGGGUGCAGUAGUAAACAAUGCAAGUAAACAAUAUCAAAUUCAUUUUGGGUGCUUGUGACGCCCCUAGAAAGUGCUGCCCUGGGUGUGUGCCAGAACCGCCCUCCCUUCCCUUCCUUGCCAAAAACAACAACAGCUAACAUCUUCACCUUCACGUUACAAUGUUACUGAUUCCUCUUCAUCCACUCAGUAUUUCUCUCUAUAGGGUUCCGCUGCUCGCUGUAACAUUUUGCAGGACAGUUCAGGCUCCUCCCCAGCAAAAACGUCACCCGAUCCCUAACAAAGCGUCAGCGAUAGUCGGCAACACAUUGUGGUGGCAGAUCUGCGGGGCGCUGCGCAAAGCGGGACCAGCAACGCUGCAUCUCACGUCCCCAAAAUAUCCCGAGAUAAGUGCGGAAGAGCGUGCAUAGAGCUCUCUAGAGUCACUGCAACUUCAUCGGCCGGGUGGCCGUGCUCCUCUCUCUCCCCCCCAGUCUGCUGAAGCUGCUGCAGACCGGAGGAAUUUAUAACUUGCGGAACUGAAACUGGAAAGCGUGAUCCGUUAGGUGCGCUGUCAGUUUUCUGGAGGAAGUUGUGAUUGUUUUUUUGUAAGCAACGGCCACAUACUUGGAGUUACCUUCCCAGUGUUGGAAACUUCCCAACGCAGCAUCGAUCGAGGUCCUCCCGCCCACUUUACCUCUGAUCCACAAUACAGGAAGGCGGAGAGAGAGAGAAACAGAGAGAGAGACAGAGAGAGAAAGAGAGAGAGAGUUGAGCAGCCGCAGCGGUGGAUGGAGCAACAAAGGCUGGAUGGUUAAACUACAAGAGUCCCUCUGAGGAAAACUCAACAGCGCUUUUUGUCGUCGCCUGAUAUUUUCUUAACUGGAACUCUGUAUCAGCUUGGAUCUCAUUCCGGGGACCCCAUCCAGAGCAAACUCCCCAGUGCCAACCCAGCGGGGGGGAAUUCGUCGCAGACGUGAAAUUGAUGCUUUGGCACGGAGAGUCGCGCCGCCGAAAACGUAGUUUUGCGAAAGUCUCCUGCAGCCCAGCGAGGGAGAGGUAGACCAGUCUGCGGCCGAAGUGGGAUUUGCAGAAGUUGCAUGCGUGUUCUUUGUCGCCUCGAGUGAGUCCCGUCCAUCCGCGCUCAGGUUAUCAGAAGAGACCCGCCGGGAUAGUUGAGGAGCCAUGGAGCUGUUCGCGGGGAUGUUGGCUUUCCUGUUGUGGCUGCAGGUUCAAGCUGUAUAUGGACAGAGUGUACAGAUGGACUCCAGUAAGUCUGGCUUUGUGGGCACACAAGUGGAACUGCGCUGCAUCUUCGUCAAUAGCAACCCGCCGGUGAAGAUCUCCCAGGUCACCUGGCAGAAGCUGUCCAACGGCACCAAGCAGAACGUCGCCACCGCCAACCCGACCUUGGGCGUGUCCAUCCUGCCGCCCUUCAAGGAGCGGGUGGGCUUCAAGCAGGCGUCCGCUCUCCAGCGCCACCAGAUGGAGGACACCACCAUCGUGUUCUCCAACCUGCAGCUGUCCGACGAGGCGGCCUACAUCUGCGAGUACACCACGUUUCCGGCGGGCAACAGGGAGAACAUGGUCAACCUCACCGUGUUUGCCCGACCAAUGACUCGGAUGACCUUGACGAGCCCGACGAUCGUGGCCCGGGGUAAGAAGCGCAACAUGACCGUCGCCACCUGCACUUCGGCCAACGGGAAGCCCCCAAGCACGAUCAAGUGGAACACAUUGUUGAAGGGGGAAGCCACCUUGCAGGAGACCCGCAACCCGAACGGCACGGUGACGGUGCGGAGCAGCUACGUGGUGGUCCCGAGCCGCGAGACGCACAAACAGAAGCUCACCUGCAUCGUGACGUACCGGGGCGAGAGGAUCACAGACAGCGUGGUGCUCAACGUGCAGUAUGAACCCGAGGUGAAGAUUGAAGGGUUUGAUGGAAACUGGUACCUGAACCGUAAGGACGUCCAGCUGACCUGCAGGGCAGACGCGAACCCCCCUGUGACGAUCUACCAGUGGAAACUUCUGAACGGCUCGCUACCCACCAACGUGGAGAUCAAAAACAACACCCUGUUCUUCAAGGGGCCCGUGACCUACGACCUGGCCGGAACCUACGUCUGUGUGGCGAUCAACGGCAUCGGGACGCGCACCGGAGUCGUGGACGUCAACAUCACCGACCUCCCUAUCAACCCGACACCCAGGGACACCGGCAUCACUCCGGAGCAGCACAAUGCAAAUGCCGUCAUCGGGGGCAUUGUGGGGGGAGUAAUCCUGUUGGCCGUGGCGGCCAUACUGCUCUUUGUGUUCCUGCGUCGCCGCCAUCGCACCUUCAAGGGGGACUACAGCACCAAGAAGCACGUCUUCGGAAACGGGUACAGCAAGGCGGGCGCCAUGCCAGCGCACCCCCCAAUCCCCAAGAACCUCCAGUACCCGGACGACUCGGACGACGAGAAGAAGCCCACCCAGAUCAGCAACACCGGGGGGUUUGAGGCGAGCGAACGGAAUUUCGACACCGAAUCCGAGGACCUGAAGAGACCGUACUUCACUGUGGAUGAGGGGGAGAGCCGAGAUUACGGGGAGCGGACUCUGGCCUUCCAGUACGACCCAGAACCUGAAAUUGCCGACGAUAUGAUCUCUCAAACCGACGGCUCUGUCAUUUCUAAGAAAGAGUGGUACGUGUAGAGGCAUGCAACCGCCAAGCAACCUGUCGCCCCUCACCUGCAUUCCACCUCACCCUUCACCCCCACCUCCCACCUCCCCUCCCUCACAUCCAUCAACCCGCAACUCCCACAGUGGCAUUUCCAACUCACCCCCCGCCCCUCUUCCCCGCAUCAGACUCCAUCCAACUAAUCACUGUUAGGAAAAUCAAGGGUCUAUUUAAAGUCCAAGAACACGACUUCGCAACACGACAGCAUUGGUGUCGUUUUCAUCAAGUUAAUGGGCAAAGAUUACAAACUAAGGUAUGUAAAUGGACUCAAUGUGGCUCCAAGGCCAGAAAGGUGGUUGGUCAAUACUGUUGUGUAUUUUAUUUUUCAUGUUAUAAAUGUAUUAAAUGUAUACAAAAAAAAAAGAACAGGUUGAGGUUUUGCUGAGCACAUUUGUGAAAGUCCUACACUGGAUGUAUGGUUUUUAUUUUUUGUUUUACUUUGGUUUGUUCUGUUUAUUUUUGUCAUUAGCGAUUGCAAAUUUGUCAUUUUUAUAUUCUCUUUUUGUAUGAUCUGCAGAGAAAUGAGAGUUAUUGUGUCUGACAUAUUUUACAGGUGGAGUUUAAAGUGUUUCAAAGUUUAUGGUCAAAUGUUUCAGGAAAAAAAGAAAAGAUACAAAAAAAUAAAAUAAAUAAAUAGCUGUACAGACGUGCAACAUUUAUGGCGACAGCGCAUUAUUGUCCUUCUCCAAAGACAUUGUUGAUGCUUUUCAAGCCCCAUCUCAGACUUUAUUUGCUGUUUUUAUUUUUAAUAACAGGAUGUCAGUCUACUGAGCCAUAUAGACACAUGGUGGUAACAUAAUAACAUUCAAUGAUUUUUUUAUUGCUAAAGUUUCCGUCAUGUUAAAUUAGUGUCCUUAUCAGUGAAUCAUGAAGUCGGUGGAGGGAAGGGCAGAAGCUGGCUGACAGACUUCAGCGUUUUACUUUUCACUUUAUUGCGAUUGUCUUGCAAAGGUAGUAAUGCCACUUGAACUUUUCUCACAUUUUGUCACAAGGUGAAGUGAUCUGUAAGAUGAGAUGCAAGAGCAAAUGAUAAACAAAAUCUAUUUAAUCACAGCAAAAGGUGAGGAUCUGAAUUUGUACUGCUGGGAGGAAUCAGUGUUUUAUCCACCGCUGAUUUCCCCACUUAUACAGAAUGGAGAGGUUUAAGGUUCACCUCAACUGUGAGAGACUGCACCUUACAUACAAAUCCAGAAAAUCACAUUGUUUUAUUUUUUUUAAUGUUUAAUUUGGCAUGAAAUAAGUAUUUGAGACAACCGUAAAAUAGUAUUUUAAUUAUUACGGUGACAGAGGUCGAACAGAGGAUACAUUCCCACAGCAGGCCAUGAUGUUCAAAUUAGUCUUUUUAUGUGUAUAAUCGUUCAUAUUACUAUUUAGUAGCAAUCAGACUUUACUGUCAACAUUUCCAGACCCCAAAUAGACUGAAUGUUGACUCCACGAAGCAUCGCACCGUAAUAAUGGAUGCUACAGUUCCUGGGUCAGUUUUGCUGCAAAAACUCCAAAUCUUUCCAAGUAUUUUUAGUCUUGUGUCCAAUUCAAAAAUGGGAGUUAGCAGCACCGUCAAAAGAUCACAACAAACAGGUAGCCAAUAAAGAGAAAGCUUAACUUAGCUCAAGCCUUUUGUUGAGCAUUGACUGCAACCUGUGCAGUUGGAGCCAGGAGUGGUGGGAUUGUCAGAAUGAUAACUUUCAGUCAUUGUUUACGUCCAGAUUUAUUGUGUCUGGUUUCUGCUGGUGCAGAAUUAUGUCUCAUAUCAGUGAUGUAGUUGUUGAAUAAAAUGCAACAUGAGCAUUCAGACUCCCAAGGCUUUGAGAACAAUAGGAUAUGUAUCGCAGUUCGUACCACACUGGAAGUGAUGUCAAUCGGACGUUUUUUGGAGAGUGAAAACAUCGAAAUUUGGCCGUUCAGGCUGGUGGAAAAAGUCAAAUAUAAGGGGGGGGAAAAAGCGGAUUUGGCUGAUUUAAAAAACUUUAUAGUGAAGAGGUUGGAGUCUGAUUGGCUUUGUGGACAAGCAAGGAGUGGAAGAUAGGAGAGCUUCUUAAAGACGAACUACCGGUUAAAUUCCUCCUAAUUGGUCGGUGAUCAAAUACGUAUGUCAUGCAAUAAAAUCCAAACUACUUAACAAUAAUACAAUGUGAUUGUGUGUAUUUUUUUGCAGAUUAUGUUAGUAAAACUUACAGAUGCCUUCAUUGUGAAAGUAUGCAUCAUAUUACAUCUCCUUCACCGUUAUGCCCUCGUUUGUGUUGAUUUAUCCCAUAACAUUGAAUUUUGUGGUUACAAUGAGACAAAAUGUGUAAAAGCUCAAAAGGUAUGGAUGCUUUUGUGAGUAAUUAUGUGGAAAAGACAUUCGCUGAGUCUUGGAUCUCUAACAGCGCUCGGAAAUGUCAUGAUUGUCGCUUGACUUGAACAGUUUGACCUGUGUGCAUGUGCUCAGAAAUCUCACCACUUCAAUGAGAUGUCUGGGUGUUUUUCUUUUCCUGUUUUUUUGCGUGUGUUGAGCUGUCGUAAUUAUGUUUGGUUCUGACCCCUUUUCCUCAAAAUGGUUGUCAGCGAAAAAGUGUCUGAGGAAUUUCUCAGUAAUGAUUCUGCCUCUCCAGUUGAGACUGUUUACCCAAGAACUGGCUAACAUCAACCUCAUUUUCCACCAGGAGUCAUCCAUGGACUCAAAGGACUCGGAUGAGAGGGGAAAUGUCAACUGAUGCUUUUAUUUACGCUAACAGAGAAAAUAUUUUAACAAGUAAAGGGAUCUGAAAAAAAUAACGCCGCAAAGCAAGAAAGCAGCGUAAGAACUUGACUGCUGCUUUAUUGAUGUUUCUUCCUUCCUUCCUUUCAAAAUGAAUUCCAGCUAUUUUUUGGGGGGGUGAUUUUGCAGUAAUGAAUUUUUUUUUUUAAUGUCAAGAUUUAUUUCUGCAUAUGGGGACGCACUGACUCUUUAUGCCACCGUUAUACAUACAGUAUAUAUCUGUAUCUGUUUUUAAAAAUGAUGUUAGCAAGUGCCAGUGGAUGCUAGUAUAGCAGAAAGACUUUCUCUUCUCCUCAGCUCUGAGCUCCAUUACGCGAUCAGCGAAAUAUAUUUGCUUCAAACGAGAAUGAAAACAAAAAAAAUCUCAAUGUGAAAAAUCAGAGAUAAGAGAGGCAUUGCAGUAAAUCUGUGGAUGUAAACAACAUAUCUGACUGGCUCUGAACACUACAAAUACUGUAUUAAGCCUUAUUUUAUGCAUGUUUUUCGUGUGUGGGAGUGGAAGUGCUUUUGUUGUUUUUUUUUUUCUUUUUCCCAGUCAAUUCCAGUGUGUUUUUGUCCUCAUUUGCAGCUUAGAAAGGCGACAAUAUCCUCCUUUUUUUAUUGUCGUCGGUAUUGGCAGAGCUAUGAUUUCAUCGGUACGCCGUACCCAACGACAAUAUUGCAGUUAAUACGAACAUACCUAUAUAAAUAUAUGUUAAAAUGAUAAAGAACACAAAAAAAAACACCCCUGUGAGAGGAUUUUCUUGCAGAUGUGAAUGUUUUUCAGUCCAUGCUUGUCUACUGUAUGCUUUUAGAUGAGCAUGUUAAUCAUGAGCCUCAGUCGGUAUUGUAUGAUAUACACAAACAAGCAUUGAACAGUGAAGUUUCUGUUGUUCUUAUUAGAAGUCAGUUUCAUCCUGUCCUCCUCCGAUCCAUUUUUCAAUGGCCUUAUUUCAAUUUUAAAGAGACAGUACACGACUCAAAAUAAACCGAGCCACAGUAGCCAGUUUCUUCUGUCACUGUGGACAAAAAAAAAAAGUUUGGUUUUCUCACACAGGCAGGGGAAAUGCUUUCUUGUUUACUCAGAAAUAGUUUGAACCGCAGCGUUAUAAGAAAACAAAGCACGUUUUAUGUUUUUGUUCUUUUUAUUCAGUGCCUAUCAAAAGAAGGAGGGGCGAGGUAGACACAGCAACCACUUCCUGUUUAUUUAAGCUCUUCGUUCCCCAAAGAGAUGAAUAAAAUGAAACAAUUAGACACAAUUCUUGUAAAGUAUUCAUGCCACUUUUAUUUUUUUUUUGUUUUUUUUAAAUAAGCUUUAGUGUUUUAUUGAGGUUUUAUUUCGUAGACAUAAAAGAAAAAAGAUGCAGAAAUGUGAAGUAGAAGAAAAAUGUUCAAAUCAACCUCUGAGGUUUGAUGUAUCUAAUUCUUGGUCAUAAAUCAAUUAUGACCACCUGAAAACAUUUUCAUGCAUUAGAUUUCUAAUUUGUGGAUACUUCACACUGAUGCGCUUCUCAGUGUUUCUGCAGGAUCUUUAAGGAUUUGUAAGCUAUAAAAAAAAUCUGCUGAAAUUUAGACCAUUAAAGUUCUUAAAAAUGUCCAGAUUUUUCCCACUAACUAGGUACUUUUUCAAUUUGUGCUCACCCCUUUCAUUUUCUUUAACUAUUUAAAUUUUACAUCCCUUUUUUUUCCUUACAUGAGGCAAUUAAAAUCAACAUAUUCUAGCAGCGUUAUCCUCACCUUCAUUGUGGGAAAGUGUGUAUUGACUCAAGGUUUGGCUUGACAGCUGCAAUAUUUAUAGCUGGCUAAACCACCAAUAAUAUAACAAAACCUUUUCUGACUGGGUGUAAAAGUCAAACACCAUUUCAUCUUAUUUAUGGCAUUAAGUAAAAUAUAACUUAUAAAUUUAGUUAUUUUUUUUACGCUGCACUUUGGUCUUAAAGUCAUGUGUUUUUUUAUGAUUUAACCAUUUUUGGUUCCAAAAAUUCUUAAACUAACAUUUCUGAAAUUAAAAAUAAAACAACCUCUGAUUAAGUUUAACAUUUAUCCCGCGAUAUUAUCUAACCAAAGCUUCAGAAAACGUCUGGAGUUUUUGUGUGCAACUGGUUACACUAGAUUUUCUUUUGGGGCUUCAGAAUAAAGGAAGUGAAAACAAUGCACACCUUUCCAAUUUGUUUUGGAUAAUGAAAAUGUUUGUUGGAAUUUUUCUUCUUCACAAGUCAGGUUUUUUUUUUUUGUCCAGAACUAAACAAAAAAAUCUCCAAAACAGAGACAGACUGCAAAUCUCCAUUUAACACAAAUGAUCAUUUACAUGCAGUGGAAUCCAGUUAGUCUUCAUCCCAGCACUUUAGUAGGACUGCAUACUUGAUCGCACACAAAAAAAAGUUAGUUAGACAAUUUCAUUUUCUAACUAACAGUUAACACAGCACUCAAUGUUGAAUUUCUGAAAUCCAGCAGAAAUCUAAAUCCUGCAGCCUCAGAUCAGAUUGUUGACGUUCUUCUAAGCUUUUUAAGCACAACAGCAGCGACUCUAAUCCAGUAAAAAGAAUCGUGACUUGCAUGUAUGAAGUAAUGAACAUCGCCCGCAUUGAAAGCACAAACGUACGGUUUCAUCUGACUUUUUUUCUGCUUCUGUUAUGAAACCACUGCCACAACUGCUUCUCAGACAACAAAAGAAAAAAGAAAUACUUUGGGGUCAAAAUGUACAUUGCUAAAUAUUAACAUUCAUAUCACUGAGGUGUUCUGACUUUCUAUUUUAUAAUAGUGACUGUAACUUCAUUCCAUCCUAAUCCUACUUUUUGUAUUCUGUAUGUUUAACAUUCCACUGUAAAUAUUGUACAUAAAGUUGAGAUUAUAGUCUGGGUUUAAUAGGGAGCCUGUUGUGUAAAAUAAACCUUAUUUGACUGCAAACAUGGAGACUCGGUGAUGGAUAGAUGAUGUUGAUGGAUAGCUUUUUCCCAAAGUCUCGACUAAAAACUGCUCCUCUAGUACCUUUUUAACAUGCCAAUAGUGACUUCACUGUCAUACAAAGGGGGUAAUGCAUACAGUCUGUCAAAAUGGUGUCACUGAAAGAAUCUCAAAAAGUACAAAAAAAAAAUAAAUCUGUUUGUAUGCAGCCAUGUGAAUGUAUAUUUCUGAGGGUGUUACAAAUAUAAGAAUAAAAAAUAUAUCUUGUUCAAUUGUGAUGACCCAGUAAAGUAACUUGUAUUUGUUUUGAGCAUUAAAUGAGUUCAAUAGUCAA